AACUCUCCCCUACAGUCUUUACCAUCUACUGUAGUUUCUUCAGACACUAUAGGCUUCUUUGUCUCUGACUUUUCUUUUGGUAGAAAAGUUUUGCAAUUGGUGGUCACUCCCUAAGAAUAUCUCUUCUAUUAUUUUUUGAUAAUAUUUAAUGGAUUCUAUAAAAACAUUCAAUCAAAAGACCACCAAAUACAAAAUGAAUUUAUGGCCGCACCAAAACGAAAUAGCAAGUGAAUGUACUACCAAAUCAGAUACCACAACAACAAAAACUUUUACAAAGAAAUAUGCUUACAGGGAAGGAACAGGAUAGAGUUCUUAAAUAUGUAGUUUGUGAAAUUCCUAUGGAUCGUCUGUAGACAUAGCGGAUUAGCAUAGACAUCGCUCUACGUCAUUUGAGAAAUUGCUGGUCUAGUGUUGCCGGAAUUUAAUAUGGUUCACACCUUAUGUCAGACGUGGAAUGAAAAUCAAAAUUCCUUUGCUUCAAAAUAUUGAGGUCUCAUACUCGGACAGAUUCCAUUGCUCCAGGCUGAAACAUAAAGCAAAAGGAUGACUUGUAACAAGCUUUUCUUGACAACAUUCCUGGUUCUGUGGAUUGGAGUCUUCUCUGUGCCUGCAUUUACUGAAAAUACUAAGCCAGGCUUAUGUCCAAGGCCAGAGACUUUCAUAAGAUCCACAGGUCCCUGUGAUAACAGUUGCUCAAAAGACGAUGAUUGCUUAGGGCAUAUGAAAUGCUGUGAUACCAGAUGUGGAUAUAAAUGUGUCUAUGCAGAACGUCCAGGCUUCUGCCCAUUCAAUGACCUACCCCAUGAAGCAGGUAUGACAAAAAGACCAAAAUGUUCAAGUGAUUUUGAUUGUCGGAAAAAUGCUAAGUGUUGUGAGCGGGGAUCUUCAAAAGACUGCCUCCCUGCAUUAAAGGAAAAGCCAGGAGUAUGUCCUAAUUUCUGUGAUCCAAAAUCUCAACUUAAGUGCUCUACUGAUAAAGAUUGUCCAGCGAACCUUAAGUGCUGUCCUAACUGUGGCCACACGUGCGUGGUAUCUGUAAAAGUGAGGCAUGCAGUUCCUGCAAAGUAAGAUGGCAAAAUAACCAAGACUCAAGACCCAAAUAUUUUUGCAGUUUUCUUUCCUCCUUCAUAAUAUAAUUGUUUAUUAUCACGUUAAUAAACAAAAUGACAAUGCAAUACAAAAUUGUAAUACAAAUAUACAACUUCAUAUUUUGCUUUGAUUUCAGAAUUAUAUUGAAAUGACUAUGAUAAUAUGACCUUUCAUGAUGCAGCUACUGAGGAAAU